AACAGUGAUCUCGGCUUCUCGCCAUGUUGAAAUCCUCUUCCACACUCGAAAAACUGCUACCACAUCAAGUGUUCAUUCAUUUCCGUGGCCGGGAUUUGCGCUAUGGAUUCGUGAGCCAUCUUGAGAAGAUCUUGAAAGAUCAUAAAAUUGAGGUCUUUGUCGACAGCGGUGAAGACAGAGGCGAACACCUAGAAAUCCUAUUGACGAGGAUAGAGGAAUCGCGAAUCGCUCUGGCUAUCUUCUCUGAGAAUUACACCGAAUCAGAAUGGUGCUUGAGAGAGCUAGCGAAGAUCAAGGAUUGUGUGGAUCAAAAAAGACUCGUGGCUAUUCCCAUCUUUUACAAAGUGGAGCCAUCCACCGUGAAAUUCUUGAUGGGAGAGUUCGGUGAUGCAUUCAGGAAGCUGGCCAAGGGUGAUAAGAGGAAGAAAGAGUGGAAAGCAGCUUUGAGAGCGAUUCCUGAGUUUAUGGGCAUCCCGGUGCACGAGAAAAGCCCCGAGAGUGAAAUACUCAAAACAAUUGUGGAGGCGGUUAAGAAACAGCUGAAGUCGGUUAAAACUCCAUUGGAGGGAAGCCAAAACGCCUCUGUGGAACCUUCAGAAUAUAGCGACACUGGAACUUCCUUAGGGGGUGCAAAGGAUAAGACUUUUGGAAUCGAACAACGCCUAAAGGAAUUGGAAGAGAAGCUGGAUAUUAAGGACACUAGAACUCUUAUCACUGGAAUUGUUGGGAUGCCCGGAAUUGGUAAAACUACACUGCUGAAGGAACUCACUGAGAAGUGGAAGGGAAAGUUUUCUAGGCAUGCGUUCGUCGAUCGAAUCCGUGAAAAGUCAUAUAACUCCGAUUUAGAGUGCUUGACCAUAUCGCUAUUUGAAAAGCUACUACCGGAGUUGAAUAACCCCCAAGUAGAUAGUAUAACAAAGGGUGUACUGCGCAAACGCAAAGUUCUUGUCGUUCUUGAUGAUGUUAGUGAAAGGGAACAAAUAUAUGCUCUUCUUGGGAUACAUGAUCUUCAAAAUCAACAUGAGUGGAUCAGUGAUGGCAGCAGGAUUUUCAUUGCAACAAACGACAUGUCCUUAUUAGAAGGUCUCGUUCAUGACACUUAUGUGGUACGGCAAUUGAACCACAAAGACGGCAUGGAUCUUUUUCACCAUCAUGCCUUUGGUACUAAUCAGGCCAUUCCUGAAGAUCGCGUUAAGCUUUCAGAUGAGUUUGUGCAUUAUGCCAGAGGCCAUCCACUAGCUCUCAAAAUAUUGGGUACAGAGCUUUGUGAGAAAAAUAUAAAGCUUUGGGAAACAAAACUGAAAAUACUCGCUCAAAGUCCCACCACUUAUAUUGGACAAGUGGUGCAAGUAAGUUAUAAUGAAUUGAGUUCGGAGCAGAAAGAUGCAUUUCUCGACAUAGCAUGUUUCAGGUCGCAAGAUGUGGAUUAUGUAGAAAGUUUACUGGCUUCGUCUGACACCAAAUCUGCUGAAGCAAUAAAAGCUCUCACGAAUAAGUUCCUUAUCAAUACUUGCGACGGCCGAGUGGAGAUGCAUGAUCUACUGUACACAUUUUCUAGGGAACUUGAUCCUAAAGCAUCCACUCAAGGUGGUAGCAAACAACGGAGAUUGUGGCGCCAUGAAGACAUAGUCAAGGAACGCACAGUUAAUCUAUUGCAGAACAGAAUUGCAGCUGCCAAUGUCAGAGGUGUCUUCCUAGAUUUGUCUGAAGUGCAGGACGAAAUCAGCUUAGACCGUGAACAUUUGAAAAAAAUGCGCAAUCUCCGGUAUCUCAAGUUCUACAAUUCUCAUUGUCAUCAGGAAUGUAAAACCAACGCUAAGAUUAACAUUCCCGAUGAACUUGAGCUACCAUUGAAAGAGGUCCGAUGCUUCCACUGGCUAAAAUUCCCAUUAAAAGAAGUUCCAAACGAUUUCAACCCGAUUAAUCUCGUCGACCUUAAGCUGCCCUACAGCAAGAUUGAAAGACUUUGGGAUGGUGUUAAGGAUACACCAGUCUUAAAGUGGGUCGAUCUCAAUCACUCAAGUCUGUUGAGCAGCUUGUCAGGAUUAUCUAAGGCUCCAAAUCUUCAAGGACUGAACCUUGAAGGGUGCACAAGUCUUGAAUCUCUUGGAGAUGUGGAUUCGAAAUCACUGAAAACUCUCACCCUCAGCGGCUGCUCAACCUUCAAGGAAUUUCCGUUGAUUCCAGAAAAUCUAGAAGCUUUACAUUUAGACAGAACAGCAAUAAGUCAACUUCCUGACAACAUAGUGAACCUCCAGAAACUUGUCUUACUAACUAUGAAGGACUGCAAAAUGCUGGAGAAUAUCCCGACCGAGGUUGAUGAGCUGACAGCUCUUCAAAAACUGGUACUCUCUGGUUGCUUAAAGCUCAAGGAAUUUCCAGCAAUCAACAAGAGCCCUUUAAAGAUUUUAUUUCUGGAUGGGACAUCCAUCAAAACGGUGCCGCAGUUACCCUCAGUGCAGUAUUUAUACUUAAGCAGAAAUGAUGAGAUCAGCUACCUUCCAGCUGGCAUCAAUCAACUAUUUCAGUUAACAUGGCUGGAUUUGAAGUAUUGUAAGAGUCUUAGAUCUAUUCCAGAGUUGCCACCAAAUCUUCACUACUUAGAUGCACACGGCUGUAGCUCAUUGAAGACUGUUGCCAAACCGCUGGCCCGUAUAUUGCCGACCGUGCAAAACCAUUGCAGUUUCAAUUUUACCAACUGUUGUAAGCUGGAGCAAGCUGCAAAGGAUGAAAUCACAUUGUAUGCUCAAAGGAAAUGUCAGUUGCUGUCAUAUGCUCGUAAACACUACAAUGGGGGUCUUAGUUCAGAGGCUUUGUUCAGCACUUGCUUUCCUGGAUGUGAGGUGCCUUCUUGGUUUUGUCAUGAAGCGGUUGGAUCUCUGUUAGGACGCAAACUCCCCCCACAUUGGCAUGAAAAGAAGCUUUCUGGAAUAUCUCUCUGUGCUGUAGUCUCAUUUCUUGACGGCCACGAACAAAUCAGCAGCUUCUCGGUGACAUGCACCUUUAAUAUAAAAGCUGAAGACAAAUCUUGGAUCCCCUUUACUUGCCCGGUAGGAAGUUGGACGGGAGACGAAAAAGAAAAGAUUGAGUCAGAUCAUGUUUUUAUAGCCUACAUUACUUGCCCGCAUACGAUAAGGUGUCUUGAAGACGAGAACUCUAACAAAUGCAAUUUUACUGAAGCCUCCCUUGAGUUUACUGUGACAGGUGGUACAGGUGUGAUAGGAAAAUUCAAGGUGUUGAGGUGCGGUUUGAGUUUGGUGUAUGAAAAAGAUAAAAACAAAAACAGUUCUAAUGAGAUGUCAUUGGUGGAGAAAAAUCCUCCUGGAGCAGUUGGUGUUCUUUUUGCUUGUAAAGCUACAGCAUCUGCUUCCUACAAAAGCCCAUCUUUUACCAUCAAGCCAAAGGAUUUGGCAGAGUGAUUUUUGUUUAUAAAACCUUCUUUUUACCAUCAUUUUAUUUUAUUUUGAAUUCAGACUUCACAGUUCUGUCAAGUUACGGAGCAGAAAGGUAAUCUCUUAUUUCAGGUCCUGUUAUGACUCUGGUAUCAUUUUAAGCUCUGUGUGUAAGACUUUUUUUAUAAGGUUGGUGACGAAUUUUGUUUUCCUAAUUCUAUCUCACAUUACUAAAAUCCAUCAUAGCCAAACUCGUCUUUCUAAUAAAUUUUGAUUUAAAUA